AUGGCCGACACGUUGAGGAGACUGACCCACACGGCCUCCUUCAGCGUCCUGCAGGAGAAGCUGGAGGGCCUGCACAGAGACUACCAUAUUAAUUCCUGCGAUCAGAAUCUAAAUAGAUGUUGUGAGCUGAUUGAAUUAACCGCCAAGAUCCAGGGCCAACUGUUCGCCAUCCUCAACCUCGCUGCUGCUGAAGGAGGACACUAUGGUGGAGUGGACACUCUCAAGACACGCCUGCUGCCGUGGCUCGGGACCUGUUUCUCAAUGGCGAGGCCCUCUGUCUCCGAUGACACCAGCCUGCAGCUCAUCCAGGACUCGGUGGAAAAGGACCGGAGGAUCAGGGAGCUCUCUUCCUCCCACGACAGCGACAUCCAGAAGCUUUGCUCCACUCGUCUGCAGUUGGACUCCACCAGAGCAGAACUGGAAGAUGCUCAGAAGGAACUGAAUGAUACGAAGAACAAAUCAGCAACCACUCUGCUGGCCACUGAAGAUGAAAUACUGCAACUGAGAGCAGAUUUGCGAUCAGCACAUGAGCAGGUGGAAGUCUACAAGAGGAAGCUGGAGACUCUCGAUGACUAUGAGCGUCAGAUUCGCCUGCUGAGAGACGAAGUGUCCUACCUGAGCACAGACAAGGCCAUGCUGCAGGAGAGGUUGGUGAGGAGUCGUUCUCCGAGCCCGUUGCCGAGGCUCAGUCGCUCCUCCAGCCCGAUGAGGAGCGAGUCUCCCACCAGAGCUCAGCUCACCAACUCCUCCCGCUACGCCCGCCUCGUGUCACGCUUCAGUGACCUCUACGCCGUGGAGCGUCUGGAGGCCCAGAGCAUGCUUCGACGCUACAUCGAUGACUUAGAGAUGGUCCAGAAAAUCAUCUUCAUUGCUGCUGUGGAAUCCUUUAAAACAGCAAAACUGGCCUACCGUCAGUUCAAGCUGCGUGUGAGGAAGACGUUGUGCUCGUCCCACUUUGGAAUGGAGAAUCUGGAGGAUGCAGCCGUGGACUACAUCGUCAGAAACCUGGACCUGUAUGACAUUCAGACCAGCAUCAACGAUGUGAUCAACGCCAUGAACGUGAACCCUCGGAUCUCUUUCCCUCCAGAGGUGGACUUUGUCCUCAUCAGCACCCUGAUCAGGGAGGCCUGCAGGUUGGCGUUUGCCAUGCAGACGUUGGACCCACCGCUGGACUUGGCCUUUGCAAGUGAUGGAGAACUCUACGACGAAAGAAAGUAUCGUCGCAGCUAUGACUCUGAGUCGUCGGCUCCUCUGGUGAUGUACCACGUGUGGCCGUCUCUGGUGGAAGGAGACGCUGUGGUGGUGAAGGGCGAGGCUGUGACCCGACGGGGCGCUGUGUGGAGUAGAAGCAGGAGCUCCAGCCCGGUGCGAUCUCGCUCUCUCAGCCCGACUCGCACUCUUUUAUUUAACAGCAGAAGAAGUCUGUCUCCUGAUCGCCUCAAAUGUAGUCAUCUGUGA